GGCGCUGUGGUCAGUUGGUCACGUGGUGGCACGCUCUGCAGGAGACGAAGAGGAAUGCUGCAGAAGACAGGUCAGAUAGACUAGACUUCAGAGGAGCAAUCAUGCCGAUGUUCGUGGUGAACACCAACGUGGCCAAGAGCGAGGUACCGGUGGCUUUGCUGAGCGACGUGACCGAGGAGCUGGCCAAAGCUAUGGGCAAACCCGCGGAGAAAAUUGCCGUGCAUAUCAUCUCUGACCAAAUUAUGAUGUUCGGAGGAAAGGGAGACCCCUGCGCAGUCUGCACCCUCCACAGUAUCGGCAAGAUAGGCAGUGAUUACAACAAGCAAUACUCUAAGCUCCUAUGUGGACUGCUCAACAAACACCUGGGCAUCUCUCCUGACAGGAUUUACAUUAACUUCGUAGACGUGGAUGCUGUCAACGUGGCCCGGAACAGCACUACCAUUGGAUGAAAAACCAGUUUACCCACAAAAAUAGAAGAUAAUUGUAGUAUUUUUCUGUAUGUGUGAGCAUAGUUAAAACAUACGGUGAAGUGAAGGUGCAAAGACAUCUGGUAAUUGCACGGCCAGUGUACUGUUUGGCAAUCUAUUAAGCACUUUUUAGUCUAGCACUCGUCCCUUUUCCAACAAAGUUCAAUAAAUACAGCUACAGAUCAUCCUAAUCUCUGUUGUCCUUUGUUGUCUGUUUAAGUGGGUAUGUUCAUUUUAAUACUCAAUUGCAUCACAGAUUUAGAGACCAGUUAUCUCACCAGCUAUCUAAGGGGAAGAAAGAUUUUAUUUUUUCUUAUGAUAUAAUAUAGUAUAGUAAGACAAGCAACUGUUUCCUAAGCAUGCCAAUGAUAAGGGGGACAAUUUAUCCCUGUGUCUGUUUUGGGUAAUGUAUUUUAUUAAAGUGUUAUAUUGUACAAGCUACUUUUCAGAAUGUUUGUAUACAGUGGGAUUUGGCAGUCAAUACAAAAAAGCGUUUUCGCCUUCAUCAAAAAAUAGAAUGGAGUAAUGAUAUUUUAAUGUGACCUAAAGUAGUAGUUGCAGCAGCAGAGCACACACUAUGAUCAACAAGCUGUUGGCCCCAUUAGUUAUGCAAACCGCGUGUUGUCCUGGUCUGAACAACACAGGUUGCUUGGUACCAUGUAUUUGUGUCCACAUUUUCACAUGCCACCACCUUGUUCCAGGUAUCUUUACAACAAACACUUAUGUUUUCUCAAGUGCUCUCAACCUCUUUUAAAAGUCCAAAGCAGUGAUUUAUUUUUUAUGGAAUUUUUUCUAACUUCUUUGAAUUGAAUCAUGUUUUCUCAUAUUUUGUAAUAGACUCUUUAUUUUUAUAAUUUAAACAACCGUAAAUUAAAAAUAAAUAAAUCAAUUCUUUGACUCGUUUUGUACCAGAUUGGUUGCCAUAGUAACCGCCCAGUGCGGCAAAAAGAUGCCCACGCGCACGGAGGACAUAACUAUUUGGAUGAACGCCUUAUUUCACAUUUAUAUAUUUGUUGGAUCGUUCGUUCUUCUCGUAACGUAUGAGAAGAACGAACGAUCCAACAAGCAGACGCUAAAUCACACAGUAGAGCAACCGUGACGUAGUAGUGACGUAACCUUUCCCUCCCUCUUCGAGGAUGUGGAGUGAAAAUGGCGUACGGACAUUUCAACCUUAGCGUGUGUUUGUUGACUGACUAAUAACGACUCAAACGCUAAGGGUCUCUCGCUGAGAGGGCGGAUGUGGACGAGUCGUUGACCUGUUGAUGGACUUUCCUGGGGUUCAGAAGAAGUUAAUCGUCGUAGAAGUACAAUAGUUCACCUCUUGCCGGACGGGGCACAAAGUGCUGGGCCCCGAAACAUCUGUAAGCAUCUCCCGCUCAUCGUCCAAGAUGUCUGACUUUCUGAUGAGAUCGUUCCGGGCCCAGCUGACCAUAAGCAUGGACUCGGUACUGAGAGGAGCUGUGUUUCAAAUAAUGACUAUCUUUGAGAACAGUCUGCAUGGCCAUCAAAAAGAGCUGGCACAGAAAGGGGAAGAAAUCGCUCAACUUAAGAUAAAGUUGCAGAACGCAGAGGUUAAGCUGAGCGAAUAUCUGCGUGCGGGCGACAGAGGACUGGAGCUGAAGCAGAGCGAGCCGGAAAAGGUUCUGAGCGCCCCGGAAGAGACUCCUGAUGUUCCUGAGAUUCAUUUUGAAGUACCUGAUGACUGGUGUGCCCCCCUGGGAUAUGAGACGGUGACCAAACGAGAGGACUCUUUUUAUCCUAGUGUGAGACUCCGCAGGCUGUCCAUCCCUCUCUAUCCCCUUCCCUUCCUGAAGCAAGAGGUUGUUAACAAUGACAUUGACUCCAGGCAGAAAACACAGGUUCUCCGGAGAUCCAGCAGAGGUUCUUCAUUGACCACGAGGAUCGCACACGAGGAGCGAGCACCUCGGCGUCCGCCGGUGAGAAACGGCAUGACGAAAUUGCUCCAAGAUGACCAAGAGGAAUACACUGACCCCGCUGACGGUGCCCGUCCUAGAAGGACAAGGAGACACACGACUGGCAAACGGCAAAGGAGUAAGAUGAAUAGCAAAAAAAGAUGGUGUCAAUUUGGAGCAGCUGAGUCCAGUGAGAAGGAGACUGUUAGAAACGACAUGGCAAAAUUGGCCCAAUACGUCAAACAGGAAUAUAUUGACCCCGCGGACGCUGCCCCUCCUAGAAGGACAAGGAGACGCGCGACUGGCAAACCGCAAAGGAGUACGAUGAAGAGAAGAAAAAGAGGAGGUCAAUUUGCAGCAGUUGAGUCCAGCGAGGAAGAGCGAGCGAAAAACAACAGAAAAACAAUGUACGCCUGCAAGUUUUGUAAGAAGGAAUUUGACACAAUUUGGGGCCGAGAUGUGCACGUACGAUCCCACAAGAUUUGCAAAGGUUGCAAAAAAGUGUUCCGUUUUCCAAGUACCCUCAGGGGUCACAAGCCGUUAUGCAAAAAACUCAAGGCAUUGAUGGCGAAACAAGCUGCCUCCGCUAACCCUCCAAUACCCCAGAGCCAUGGGGAGGAAAACCUGACGGCGUCCAGCAAAGAAACGGCUGGUAAGGAAAGCGCACCUUCCUCCAACGACCGCAGUGAAUCUUCUACCCAAAAGGCCGAGUACACCAAAAGGCACGCCUGCACACACUGCAACAUGAGGUUUUAUACCAGUUCGAGGCUGAGGGAGCACGUGCGCGUUCACACCGGCGAGAGGCCGUACCUUUGCAGCAGGUGCCCAAAGAAAUUCGCCGUCAAACAGGCGCUCAAAAAACACAUGUUGAGAAUGCACCAGAUCCAAGAUAAUGUCAGCGAGGCGAAGACCGAGAGGAACCCAACCUGGAAAACCAUGGGCACACGCUGCGGCGAGGGUUUCGUCUGCGCCUUGUGCCCGAAGCUGUUGAAAACCAGAGUGAUGCUGAGCGAGCACUUUCGCACCCACACAGGUGAGAAGCCCCUCAAGUGCGACCAGUGUUCCGCGGCGUUUCGUUUCCGCGCACAGCUGAGCGUCCACAGGAAAAGCUGCGCGGGUCCUCUCCCGGUGACCGAGUGCGCAUCCGCAACAAAAGGUGUCAGAAAACAUUCUCCACACAAGCACAGUACGUGAGGCAUAGGUCCAGUUUUUACAAAGAUCGGUCUUUUUGAAGGAUUUGCGGGAAGGCCUUUGUCAUAAAAGGACGCCUGACGAACCGCAUGGAGCGUUUCCACCUGUAAGCCAGUUCACCGGUGGGACGUCCGGCCUCCUGUGGACCGUGAAAAACGAUGUUGACAUUUAUGUUCUUGCUGGAACAAUUUUUUUGGUAUUUGCUAAAGCUCAAUGUGUAAUCAUCUCUACAUACUGUUCUCCUGGUUGCCUUAAUCACAUUGUGCUGUUUGGCGUCAAGUCAGAAAUUUUUUGCUGAAUUCAAAACGGCAAUUCUCAGAUUACCAGUUUGUGGUCACGUGCUUUGUUGUGGAGUCAAACUUUUGGACUAAUAUUCAUAAUUUUUGGCUGUACUUUUGGUAAUUUGUUAUAUACAAGUGUGUAUUUUACUGAUACAAACAUAUGUGAAGGAAUGACACUGUUAAGGACUCCUUACAUUCAAAAUGACAUCUUAUUGGUCCACCUGAAGCUUGAGUCUUUAAAUAAUCCCAAACAUGCCCAUAUAUUUAAAGUUUUAACGGUUGUUUUAUGUGUAGUGGUUGUGUAUGAAUUCACAUAGGAUGGUCUUCUAACACGGCUGCUUUUUAUUUUCUUUAAGUAAUGAAUAAUUGUUUUACUAGACUAGGACAUUGUUGUCAUUUCCCAUAAAUAAAAUUCCCGUUUUAUACUUCU